AUCCUAUAAUGACAAAACCAACAAAAAAACGUGUUAAAAAAACUUUGAAUGAUGAAUCUUCAAAUGCUGACGCUAACAUGGAAGUUACCUUGCAAGAAGAAGAUAUUGAAAGUGCUCCCAGCAGCAGCAACAAUGAUAUUGCUAACCUACAGCAAGAUUCCCAAAUGUCGGAAGAGAAAUGGAAGGAAAUAAAAAGAAAGAAAAGAUAUGUAACAAGAAUCUUAGCAGCAGAUGUGCCAGGACACAAUUGGGAAGAAAAAAUUAAAGUAAUCUCAAAUGGACUUGAAGGUACCAUACCUAUAAUUGGGAUUAGAUCCACUGUCGAGGAAAAAAAAAAAUAUAUAACAAUUAGCUUUGCAACACAAGAAGAUGCAGAAAAAGCAUGUUCUGUACAAUUUCAACAAGAUAACGAACAUACUCUACAACCCUGGAAUAAAGCAGUAGAUGAUAGUCAAGAUAAAAUAUUAAUCAUAAGAGAUAUUCCAUUAAAUGUCAAUCGUACAAUUUUGUUCAACAACCUAAAACAACAUGGAGAAAUUACAAACAUCAAGUAUAAACUGUCAGGUCCUUGGUACACAGCUACAGUAACUUACAAAUCUAAAGAUACAAUACAAACUCUAAAGAACACAUGGUCAAUUGCUUAUAUGCAAGACAGUCUUAGAAUUCAUCCCCUUACAUUAACUCACGAAGAACAUGGUGAUAGAAAUAGUCACAUUCUUAAACUAACAAACCUCCCUUAUGGAACAACAGCUUUUGAUUUACAAGAUAUAGUUUUAGCUGUUAAUGCAAAAACUU